AUGUCAACCACAACUGCUGUCCAGCUUGAACCUUUGGGUAACGGGACAUCCUAUGAAGCUUCCUCCUCUAAUCUCCGUCCGAGAGGAGGGCACGCCGAAGCAGCAUCAAGUCACCAAAAUGACUCUGACGAUCCAGCCCUGGAAGCUUCGCGCAUCGCAGAUAGUACAGUCCCAGACGGAGGCUAUGGAUGGGUAGUUAUUGGAGCAUGCGCAAUGGUGGCAUGGUGGGUGAUCGGAUUGAGCUACACUUGGGGCGUAUAUCAGCGCGCCCUCGUUCAGCGAGGCGUUGGCUCACCUCUCGCCUUAUCAUUCUGCGGAUCCAUUUCUCCAGCACUCAUGGCGACGGUUGGAAUGCUGGUGUCAAGGAUGAUCCGAUCAUUCGGAACGAGAAUACUCAGCUGUGUUGGUAUUAGCCUUAUGGGUCUCUCGUUUGUUUUCGCAAGUUUCGUGACGGGCCAUCUCGUGGGGCUCAUCUUUCUCCCCGGUGUGCCGCUGGGGCUUGGUAUGAGUGGCUGUUUCAUGUCAUUCUCUGUUGUACCGGCGCAGUACUUCAUAAAGCGUCGUGGUAUUGCAAACGGCAUCGUGUAUGCUGGAGGAGGGUUUGGUGGUGCUAUCAUGAGUAUCGCGACUGACUCUCUAAUCGAGAAAUACAGCGUUGAAUGGGCUUUCCGGAUCACGGGGUUGUUGAUUCUUGGUACGGGUCUUCCAGCUGCAUAUCUCAUCAAGGAAAGAACACCUCUUGCCAGGGCAGGAAUAGUUGACUGGAACUUGUUCCGUCAGCUCAACUUUGCCAUCCUCUUCUUCGCUGCCGGAAUCGGCAUUUUCCCACUCUUGGUGCCCCCUUAUUUCCUUCCCUUGUAUUCCAGCUCCAUGGGACUCAGUACAGGUACUGGUGCUGGUCUGUUGGCAGGCUUCAGUUUUGCUUCAGCUGUGGGACGAAUCAUCAGCGGUUAUCUCUGCGACAUUCUGGGUCCUAUAAACACCCUCUGGGUCUUCUUUCUGGGCAACUCGAUUACAAUGCUCGCUCUUUGGCCCGCUUCGACGUCUCUUGCGCCCCUGGCCGUCUUUGCGGUCCUUAAUGGUCUCAUGAAUGGUGGUUUCUUUUCCUCUAUGCCCACUGUUGUCAGCAAUGUCUUUGGAUCAGCGCGUGUAUCCACAGCGAUGGCUAUGAUGAUCGUUGGCUGGGUUCUCGGAUACUUACUUGGAUCCCCCAUCGCAGGGUUUCUGCUCGAACGUCAUGGCGGUGGUGCUGAUGGAGGAUUGAGUGACUAUAGACCUGCCAUGUAUUUCGCUGGUUCCCUCUCGAGCAUUGCAACUGUUUUAACAGCAGUUUUACGAUGGAGAAUAAGCAGGAAGGUUUUCGAUAAGGUUUAG